AUGGAUGAUGUUACAAAUGACAGAGGUGGACUGUUCUUUCUUUAUGGGCAUGGAGUAACGGGAAAGACUUUCAUAUGGAAAACAUUAUCGGAUGCUAUCCGUUCAAAAGGCGAAAUAGUUAUAAAUGUUGCUUCCAGUGGUAUUGCUUCGUUUCUACUUCCAGGAGGCAGAACUGCUCAUUCGAGAUUUGGACUGCCAAUAAUUGUACAUGAGAGCUCCACAUGCAGCAUCAAACAACAGAGCCCACAUGCAGAAUUGUUGUCUAGAGCAAAGCUAAUCAUAUGGGACGAGGCACCGAUAAUGCACAGGUACUGUUUCGAAGCACUUGACAAAACAAUGAAAUCUAUACUUGAUUCAGAUAUGCCAUUCGGAGGCAAGGUUGUAGUGCUUGGAGGGGACUUUCGGCAAAUUCUGCCAGUUGUGUUGAAAGCGUCGAGACAAGACAUUGUUCAUGCUACAAUCAAUUCAUUACCGUUGUGGAGACAAUGUAAGGUUAUGAAGUUAAACAAGAACAUGAGACUUGAGUCGUCCUCCUCUUCCGCCAAUGCAGAUGAAAUAAGAGAAUUUGCGGACUGGAUAUUGAGAAUCGGCAAUGGCGAUGUUGGCGAGGUAAAUGAUGGUGAUGUCACAAUUGAAAUUCCCGAUGACAUGCUGAUUCGGAAUUCUGCAGAUCCCUUUUUGGAUCUUAUAGAGUUUGUCUAUCCCAAUCUGGUGACCAACCUUUUCACUCCCGAGUAUUUCGAAGGCAGAGCAAUUCUUGCACCCACUAAUGAAAGUGUCGGUUUUGUGAACGAUCAUUUUUUGUCGAUCAUAAUGGGAGAGGAGAAGGUCUAUUUCAGCUUCGAUAGUAUGUGCAAGGAGGAGUUGUUGUCGGAUGUCAACGCAGAAAUAUACUCACCGGAGUUUCUCAACACCAUAUCAUGCUCCGGAAUUCCACCACAUAAGUUGACAUUGAAAUGA